UAGUAGCUCUAUUUUGUAACGGAACAAUAUCGUGUCUAAAAACACAUCUAUGUGUACAAAUUUAAGGUGCAUGACAUAGCGACAACCGGUCGAUAGAAACGUAGAGCAGCUGCGGUCAUUUUGAGCAAGUUGAGAGAAACAGAAUCCGUUACUCACCGUAAUUACCGUGAUUUUCUGUCACGAGACUUGAUAAAUAAAGUCACACGAUAUUUUUUUACGAAUUGUUUAGUAAAUUUACGUCGUGUAGUGACAACAGAAGAAGUUAGUGAUGGCGACAGUAUCUUCCGCUGAAAAAAAUGCGGAACGUAGGAAGCGCGUGUUCGUGGGGGACCUGCCGCCGGACUUCCUGCGCAUCGCGGCCGCGUCGCAGCAGCAGCAGGAGGCGGCGGACCAGCAGGCCGCGCUGGCCCUCCAGCAGCAGAUGGCAGGCGUCGCCGCCUACGCCCACAGCACGGCCGGCCGGCUCAGCAUCACCGUGGCCCAGGCAAAGUUGGCAAAGAACUAUGGCAUGACUCGGAUGGACCCCUACGCAAGGUUGAGAGUUGGGCACUGCGUGUACGAAACACACACUGAUCCGAACGGAGGCAAGAACCCGAGAUGGAACAAAGUUAUACAGUGCCUUCUCCCCCAAGGCGUCACGAGCAUCUACAUAGAGAUUUACGACGAGUGCUCCUUCACGAUGGACGAGCUGAUAGCCUGGGCACACAUUCCCAUCCCUCAAGCGGUUCUGAGUGGGGAGACCCAUGACGACUGGUACCCUCUCACGGGCAAGAUAGGCGAAGGCCAGGAGGGAAUGAUCAACCUGGUGCUUAGUUACUCGAACACGCCGAUGGUUCUGCAGAACGCCACGGCAGCCCCCUACAUGUACCCCUCGGUGGCCCCGGUGAUGAUGGUGCCGACACCCCUGUACGGCAUGAGGCCCCAGUACGCCCCUGUGACAGUCCAGUACGGGGGCGUGCCGCCACAACAACAACAACAACAACAACAACCGGUGCAGCCCGUGUUUGCCGAGCAGGAGCUCAAGCAGAUUGAAGAAAUGUUCCCAAACAUGGACAAAGAAGUUGUCAAGUCUGUGUAUGAAGCAAACCGAGGAAACAAGGAUGCGACUAUAAAUUCUCUGUUACAAAUGUCAGAAUAAAGCUAUCUUAAAAUUGUGAUUCUAACAUUA